AUGGCCCCUACUAUUAAUAUAACAAAUUCCGACGAGAUCAGAAGAAAGGUUGCUGAAGAGAUGCCAGCUCGCCGUAGGCGCAUUGAAUGGCCGACGAUGGACAAUGAUAUCCGUAUCUUUCUUGACGAAAACAAGGCCCCUCCUCCUCAAACAAACAUAUCUCCAAAAACAAAGAACGUGAUUGAUGGCGGGAUAUCUAAAUGUGAUACCCGUCAAGGUUUGGUGGUGCCGGAUUUGGCGGUCGUCUAUGAUCAACUUUACGUGAACUAUCCAAAUUGGCGCAACAUCUUACGGAACCUGGACUGGCGUGCUCGCCGCCAGUCGGCAAUCUGGGACGUCUUUGAGUUGCUUCUGGACAGAGGGCUUCUUCACCCGAAAUGCUUAUGUGUCCCCGUGGACUUGACGAGUACCCCAAGGGAUACCGGCAUUUUGACGAUGCUCCUUGGAUGCUUUUCUUUCAUUACACGAGAUAGUGAUCUCAUCUUUGAGGGUGGGAUUUCUCUCCAGCAUGCCGACUGGCUAGAGGAUGUUAAGUGGCUCGCAACCAUGAUUGUACGAUGCGGGGUUGAGUUGGACAAGCUCAUUGAGACGAUCCACACCAGUGGUUUCCUUGGCGAGUGCGACAUGGAGGAAUUAGCCAGCUUCAAAGCGGAACAUCCGAACUUGGUCGUGACGCAGAACAUGCGGGAGCGCGAGGGCACACUUGGGCAAGACGGGAGUGUCGACCCAGUCAAGAAUCACUUUUGGUUUCUGGCUGCCGCAUGGACUGAACGGGGAGGACGAGGAGAUGUUCGUCUCGAAGCUUCGCGGAUGCAAGAAUCGGUUCAACGCGAUCGAGGAAGCUUUUUGCGAGAUGGAGGGCAUUCCUCGGGAGAAGGUCUGGCUGGAUUUCGUAGAUUUCUAAAAUGCUGCUUGAUACAAAUAAACUCGAUCGACUGUAUUGAACCGCGAAAACAGAAUAGAAGAAGAAUUGGCUUGUGCACGCAUGCAUUACAAGACUAUAUAUAUUUACGCUAA